UCACAAGAGAGAGAGAGAGAGAGCAGUAGUCCCAGCAGCAGGCUAAAGUCUCACCUAGACUCCAGUUCAGUUCUCUCCACAUCCCUCUAGAACAACCACCUGUUACCUGGCUCUCUCUCUCUCCGUCUGUCUUUACCCAACUAAGGAACGUGGGCCGCAGGCCUGUGAAGGAUGGAGGGCAGUGUGCUGCUGCUGUGUCUUGUGAGCCUCUUCACUGGAGCUCAAAGCCAAAACCAAAUCCCGAGCAUUACAACAAGUUAUGCUCAAAUAAAGGAAGACACUCCAAUAAAUGUAUUUGCCUUUCAAAUAGAAACAUACGAUCCCGAUCCUGUUCCUGACCCACUGACAUACAUGAUUACUGGGCCAAAAGCAAGCUACUUUAAUUGCGACGCAAACACAGGGACAGUAACCAUCCGGACCCCCUUGGAGAGAGAUGAUGAUGACAAGGGUGUAUUCUCUAUCGGCAUUGUGGUUACUGACGCAGAUUACACAGUUAACAAAGACAUUCAGAUAAUCAUAAUAGAUGCGAACGAUAACCAACCCAUAUUUGAAAAUACACCUUACAACGUAAAUGUCGAAGAAAAUACUGCCUUGGACUCUGUUCUGUUUCAAGUAUAUGCCAAAGAUGUAGACGCUGGACUUGCUGCUGUUGUAAAGUACCACAUUGAUGAGGCUAGUCCGAGUGAUGGACUAAAUCAUUUUACUAUCAAUGAGAAUAAUGGCGAAGUCAAACUGGUUAAACAACUGAAUUUCACAAGUUUGAGCACUUUCUACAGGCUCAAGAUCAACGCCACUGAUGGUGGAGGCCCUGUGUAUAAUGAACCUAACCCUGUUCAUCAGUCCAACAUUGCUUUUGCUUUCAUCACCGUGGUGGACGUCCCAGACAUGGAUCCACGGUUUCUAAGUACUCCUUACGCGACUACUGUCACUGAGCAUUCUCCCGUGGGCCAGUUUGUGUUUAAAGUGACUGCAAUCGAUCAGGACUCUGGGAUCAACGAUGACAUCACCUACAGCAUUGAAGGUACCGAUGACCUGUUUGACAUCACGGCCAACGAUGGAAUCAUAUCUGUCAAAAGUGAUAUUGACAGAGAGGCUUUGUUGGACAUCAAUUAUGUUGUGGCCCUUAAAGUGACGGCAACGGAGGUUCAGCCAAACAUUCUGGGGACCCAAGCACACACCUCCACCGAGGUGCGGAUUACCAUCGGUGACAUCAACGACAACAAGCCUACAUUUUACGACUGUGGCGUGGAGCCCUGCGCGGAGGCCAGUAGCUUCACGGCCAACAUCUUUGAACACUCCUCAAUGGGUGUUCCAGUCGACGACCUCAACAUCAGAGCCAAAGAUUUGGAUCAGGGAGAUCAUGGAAAAUUCGAAUUAAGUCUUGCUGGACCAGACAAGGAUGCAUUCAGUGUGUCGCCACAGAUUGCCUACUCAGAAAGCGCGGUUCAGAUCACGGUCAAGAACUCCCAGGCUGUGGACUACGAGACCAAAACAUCAAUGAUUAUCCAGAUUAUCGCCAAGGAUCACUCCAAUACAGCAGACUGCUGUUCCACAGCUACAGUCACCAUUCAGAUCAAAGACAUUAAUGACAACAGCCCCACGUUCCCCAAAGAAGUCUACGUCCUCAAGGUUGAUGAGCACAGUCCUAAUGGAACCACUGUGGACACGCUAACAGCAACCGAUCCUGACACUAUGGAUGUUGAUAACAUCAGAUACAGACUUCUUCCCGACAGCAUACUAAAGUACUUCAAUGUGGAUGCAAUGACAGGGAGGAUCUAUGUGACAAACAGCAAACUGAUCGACCGAGAGGUCACCUCCCUGUAUUCUCCAACUCUGCAAGCAAGAGACCAGGCCAACAACACAGGGAACGCUGUGUUAGAAAUCACACUGACAGACAUCAAUGACCAGACACCACAGUUCAACAGAGAAUCCUACAUCGACUAUGUGAAAGAGGGCUCAAACCUAAGAAUUCAAGUACAGGCUACUGACAGAGAUGAGCCGCCCAACAGCGAGAUUGUGUAUGGAAUAGUUAACAGUAUCUACAGUGGCAAAUUCACCAUUGACCCCACCACAGGCUGGUUGGAGAACAAUGGCCCGCUAGACAGAGAGGCCAUGCAGACCAAGGAUAACGGGCAGGUUAAGUUAAAUGUGACAGCUACUGACAAAGGCAGUCCACCACUGGCCACCUGGGUGCCAGUCAUCAUCAAUGUGGAGGAUAUCAACGACAACACACCGAAGUUUCGAAAAAAGUCUUACAAAUUCUUAGUGGAGGAGGGGAAGAAAGCUGAAUUUGUGGGCUCCGUCCAGGCGGUGGACUUAGACCAAACGAUCGAUCACAACCGCAUCUCCUUCAGCAUAGUCAGCGGAAGCUUCGGACAGUUCAUCAUCCAAACCUUCAGGGACGAACCCGAUGGUUACAUCGGCAACAUCACGGUCGACCCGGACAUCGAGUUGGACUACGAGAGCAGCUUCAAAACCUUCAGCCUGGACGUGGAGGCCAUGGACCUGGGAUCCAUGAAGGACACUGUAAACGUGGAGGUGAUUGUGGUGGAUGUGAAUGAUGAGAGGCCCCAGUUUGAGCCCGUUGACCCACUGCAUAUAAAGGAGAACACCACUAUCACUGAGUCCGUGGGGAGUUUCGUAGGGGUGGACCUGGACAUGAAUCACUUUCUGGUCUACGAGCUGGUCUCCACUAAGUGCCGCUGUAACGGCUCCCUGACUCUCGGGCCCUGCCCAGAGGACUGGUUCAUCCUGGAGCCCACAGGGGAGAUCAUGCUGAACGAGGAGUUUGUGAUCGACUUUGAGAAGUGCGACCAGGUUGAGCUGGAGGCCCAGGUGGUGGAUGAGUUGACCCAGAAAGGGGAGAACAACAGCGCAACACCAGGGCACAUUAUGAUCAACAUCGAAGACAUCAAUGACAAUGCCCCUGCUUUCGAAACAACAGAUUCCUUAUAUGUUGUGGUGUCAGAGACGGCCUCUGUAGGCUCAGUAAUAGCCAGUGUCACUGCUACAGACCGCGAUUCUGGGAAAAAUAGGCAGAUGACAUUUUCGAUAACAAAUAUCCAAUUCAGGGAUGACGUCAACAAUAGAACGACCGAGUUGGGCAUUCGAGUGUUUCGAGUUAUCACCACACAGGAAGACGAUAAAUACGUCGGAAAUAUUCAGAACAUGGAAGUGUUAAAUAUCAAUGUUAAAGGUAAGUAUUUGGUGACAGUUGGGGCAGCUAACACUGAAGAACCGAAACUCUUCUCCGAAACCAAACUGGAGAUCUUCACAGUUGACAAGAGUUUAAAAGUCGAGCUUUUGUUUUCAAAGACAGUGGCAGAAGUUCAAGCGGCCCAAAGUCAGAUUGUACUGCUUCUGACCGCAGCAACACAGACGAAAGUGGAAGUGGUUAGCAUUAGGGCUGAUUCAGCCAGUACGGAAAUCAGGGCGUCUGGCGAUACCGUAAUGGAGGUGUACUUUGUGAAUGCCAAUGGAACAGCCCUCGACUCUGACACCGCCGAGACUAUUCUGUCCAACAGUGGGGAACGAUACAAAUUACAGAUUGACUUUGGCCUGAAAGAUAUAGGAGGGACUGUGGUGACAGAGAAGCAGGUGAAUCCAAUCAUGUUCGUUCUGUUGGGACUGGUGGCAGGCCUCAUCAUCGUCCUGGCUGUCAUGACAACGUCUCUGGUCUGCACCCGCAGGAGCUACAGAACGAAGCUGAAGGCAUCUAAAGCCAUGAACUCAGCAGCCAUGGUGGUGACUGGUGGAGAUCAGAAGAGUGGGCCUGUCGUGCCUGGAACCAACAAGUACACUAUGGAGGGGGCUAACCCUGUGCUCAACUUGAACAUCGACACAGCCACAGACCUGGGCUUUGACGAGGAAGGAUCUAACGCUGACAGAGUCAGCCUGAAUUCCUUGGACUACAACAUAGACAUGGUCAUGUCUGACAAGGAUACUAUGCCCAUGAUGAUGAUUCAGGAGGAGGAUGAGGAGGAGGGGGGAGCAGAUAACCCCUACGUCGAGCCUCUGGGUGAAGCCUUGGCCCAGCGUGGCAAGAAAAGAGUCAACAACAGCCCUAGUUUAACCUUCUCUAACCCUUCACUCAGCACCACAGACCUGUGAGUGGCUGCCAUCUUGGGUCAGUGUCACUGACCUGUGACGGCCAUUUUGGGAUCUAUGACACUGACCGCGGGUCAUGAAAUGGACCAUGUAAAAUGGACCUUGCUUCCUGAAAAAGGAUAUAGAUGCCAAACUCUGUGCUAGAAAGACAAUGUGACUUUUGAGAUUAAAUCAAGUUCAAAUCUAAUCUUUUUUUGUUUGUGUUGAACCGCUCGUAUUAUUGGCAUGCUAUUGUUUGAUUCAAUUUAGGGAAUAUUUCCGUGUAAACAUUUAUCACAACACACAGCACAGUGAUGUUAGAUUAGCCGGCUUGCUAUUUCGCUGCUACAAUAUAUCACAGCUUGACUUUUGUCAAACGUCCCAACGUCCUCAUGAAUCCAUCGUUUUUUUUUUAGUUGAACAACAUCAACCUAAAACGAAAAACAUGACACUUUGGGAUGAAAAGUAAAAAUUAAAAAUAAAAAUGACAAUGUUUUCAUUGUGAAUCAUUUCAUUAUUAGUAUUUUUUAAAUGUGUAAAGAUUUGAUUGAUAUUUUUAAUAAAUUAUGUGAAGUUUACGUUUUUUUUAAUAUUCAUUUCGUUCUGUUUUUUUUUCUCAGUUUAUUAUGAAACGAAACACUUGUAUCUGGAAUCCUGUGUUGUUUUUUAAGUACGGCCCCUUCAAGAGUAGGUGCAUUUACUGGCGUUUGAUUGGACUCUUUCUAAAACAUUAUUUUAUU